AUGAGUAACGUGGAAGUGGAGGACAGCAUCAUGUCAUACCUGUCACAGAGUGAGACCGACACCAGCCCCAAAGACUUGAAUGUAGUGGUCAUGCUCCAUAACUUCUGGGAGCAGAGGCAGACAGGUGGGUUAAAUGGUUCUUCCAGUGAAUCAGAUGGUUCUGUAGCCAUCCAGACAGAGAGCUUGCUGCUGUAUGAGUCUGCACCGUCCCCUGGUCCUCCAUACGUCUGCUAUGUCACCCUGCCUGGAGGAAGCUGCUUUGGUAACUAUAAGGUGUGUGACACUCAGGCAGAGGCUCGGAGGGAUGCAGCUCGUGUGGCCCUGAUGAACUCACUUGUGAACGAGCUGCCGUGUCGACGUAUUAAUCCUCAGUUCAUCACUCAGAGUUUACAACAGGCGGCCACAGACAGUGCUGUCUCUAUAGAAGAUGCUUGUGAUUCAAGCACCAGUAUAGGAACCUACAGUUUGCUGCUCCACUCCUACAUAGGAAGGACCAUGCUUGAGUUCCAGGAGAUGAUGACAAUUUUCCAGUUGUUGCAGUGGAACGGGACACUGAAGGCUCUGAGGGAAAGGCAGUGCUCUCGACAGAGUGUGAUUUCCUAUUACUCUCAGCGAGGACUUGAUGAGUACAUGCGCAGCAGCAUGGCUCUGGAUUGGCUCGGACGGGAGCAGAGGUUACCGGGGCGACUCGUGGAGGAACUGCAGGUGGCGCAGAGGGAGCUGGUGUUGGCCCGGCGGCGAGGCAUAGAGCUGCGCUUCUACAAGGAAAAGACAGAGAUCCUCAGCUUGGCUCUAAGUCAAGCAUACACUCACCACACACCUGAGGACUACAGCGAGGCGCCCAGUCACACAUACAAGCAAGAACAACUUCCUUUACACACAUUACACAGCCAGGACACGGAAGUCCAGAUAACUCCACCCUACAGUCCUUCACCAACCCUCCAUAAAAAGCAAACAGUCUGUCAAACCUCUGGCAAACACAUGCCCUACUAA